AUGUCUAUUAUUUACAGUUUAAUAGCUCGUGGACCUAUCAUUUUGACAGAAUUUACAAACUCAAAAGGAAACUUUACUCAAGUUACUCAAGUAAUCCUUGAGAAGAUUCCUCCAAAUGAUUCCAAACUUACAUAUGUUUAUGAUAGAUAUCUUUUUCAUUACAUUUCUGAAGAAGGCAUUACUUAUUUAUGUAUGGCAGAUGACUCUUUUGGACGAAGAGUUCCGUUUGCUUUUCUACAAGAUAUUAAGGCCAAAUUUUUGAACAAUUACACAAAAGACAGAAUUCUUUCAUCUCCUCCAUAUGGGUUAAAUGAAUUUUCCACGAUCCUUUCUAAACAAAUGGAAUAUUUUUCUAACAAUCCUGCUGCUGAUAAGAUUAAACAAGCUCUUGGAAGUAUAGAACAAAAUAAAGAAGUUCUAGUUCACAAUAUUGAACGGGUGUUACAACGCGGUGAAAGAAUUGAAUUAUUGGUAGAUAAAACUGAUAAUCUUAAUCAACAAGCCUUUGCCUUUAAAAAACGUAGCACUGCUCUAAAGUUAAUGGGUAAUAAUAUAUCAAGUACAACAACUUCUAUAGCAACAGCUGGCAUAGACAGUUAUGUUAGCGAACUUGGUGACAUUCAAUAUGAAAAAAGUUUGGGCAGUGCUCGUUUUAUGAAAACUAUUUGUGGUCGCCACAAAGAAGGUCCCGUUGUAGUCAAGAUAUUUAUUAAACCUGAACCUAGCCUAUCUUUGUCAAACGUUGUUAAAACACUUAAAGAGGAGAGAGAAGCAUUAUCUGAGAUUCCAAAUGCAUUCCCUUAUCAAAGAAUAAUUGAGACAGAAAAGGCUGGAUAUCUUAUCAGACAACAUUUUUUUAACAGUCUCUAUGAUCGUAUUAGUACUCGGCCGUUUUUGAAUUUAAUUGAAAAGAAAUGGAUAACAUAUCAAAUAUUAUGUGGCAUACAUGAUGCCCAUACAAAAGGAAUUUAUCAUGGUGAUAUAAAAACAGAAAAUAUCUUGGUCACAUCAUGGAAUUGGGUUUAUUUGGUUGAUUUUGCAGGGUAUAAACCCACAUAUCUUCCUGAGGACAAUCCAGCUGAUUUUUCCUUUUUUUUUGAUACUUCUUCAAGAAGAACUUGUUAUUUGGCUCCAGAAAGAUUUUAUAAACCCGGCAGUGAAAUAGAUCGUAAAAAGAGUGAUCUUGAAUUUGGGGAAAAAGACGAUGCACUUACUCCUGCUAUGGAUAUUUUUUCUUUAGGAUCUGGUGAAUAUGAUCCAGGAAUAUACAUAGAAAAAAUCGAGGAUCCAGAUAUAAAAGCAAUUAUAAAACAUAUGAUUAAUGUUGAUCCUUCACAAAGAUAUUCUGCCGAGCAAUACCUUCAAGAAUGGCGUGGCAAAGCAUUUCCACAGUAUUUUUACACUUUUCUUCAUCAAUAUAUUGGUUCUUCACAAACUACCAAUGGUUCACAAAAUAAUUAUGUUUUUAAUACAGAUGCAGAUGAUAAGAUUGAGAGAAUUUAUAACGAAUUUGAUAAAAUUGCAUUUUUCUUGGGAUUUUAUGGUGAUAAUUCUGAGAUUAUCCUAAAUCAUGGUCAUGGGGACAAGAUUGGUGAAAGCUCUCGUUUAAUUGACGCCACAUCAAAUGCCACGUCAGCUUUACCUAUGGAUUUACAUAUACCAAAUUAUAAACCUAAUUCAGUAUCUAAUAAACAAAAAAAUAGCAAUACUGAUGGCGGUGCACUUAUUUUCAUUUCACUGAUAUGUGCAAUGAUUCGAAAUACGGCAUAUCCUUCAACAAAACUUCAUGCAAUGGAUAUGUUGUUAGCAUUCGGCCAACAUUUAGAAGACGAGUUUAAGUUGGAUCGUCUGGUUCCUUAUCUAAUUUCUCUUUUAGGCGAUAAAGUUGCUCUUGUUAGAGCUAAUGCUGUCAAAACAUUAUCAAAAUUGCUUUCCAUGGUUGAGAAUAUUACUCCUUCGAAUGCUACUAUUUUCCCAGAAUAUAUUAUGCUCAAUUUACGAAAAUUUCCAACUGAUAAAGAAGUACUUGUUAGAAUGACUUAUGCUCAAUAUAUAGCUUCAUUGGCAGAAACUGCUUUAAAGUUUCUUGAAUUAUCUCAGCUUCUAAAAACCGAAGAAACUUCAAAUUCGCUUGAUAAUGACGCAGAUUUUGAAAAUUCAUAUGAGAAGACAUCAUAUGACGCCUCUUUACAUGAACUUCAAUCAAUUAUUCAAGAACAAGUCACAACACUUCUUAUCGAUAAUGAAAGUGCUGUUAAACGUGCCUUACUUUCAAAUAUUACGAGUCUAUGUAUUUUCUUUGGUCGACAAAAAGCUAACGAUGUAUUAUUGAGUCAUAUGAUCACAUAUUUAAAUGAUAGAGAUUGGAUGUUACGAAGUGCAUUUUUUGAGAGUAUUGUAGGUGUUGGAACCUUUAUAGGAGGGUGUGGUUUAGAAGAAUACAUUCUGCCAUUAAUGAUUCAAUCAUUGUCUGACACUGAAGAAUUUGUUGUAGAAAAAGUUCUUAAUUCACUCACAAGUCUUGCUGAAUUAAGAUUAUUUCAAAAAAUGAAAUUAUGGGAUUUGGUAGCAAUUGUUGCACCUUUAUUAUGUCAUCCUGGGAUUUGGAUUAGAUAUGGUGCUAUUGGUUUUAUUGCGUCUGUGGCUAAACUUUUACCACAAACUGAUAUUUGGUGCAUAAUAUAUCCAAUAAUAAGACAAUUUUUACAGGCUGAUAUUGUUGAAAUAACAGAAAUGCAUUUAUUGGAAAAUGUUAAAAAACCAUUAUCUCGUGCUGUUUUUGAUUCAGCUGUGUCUUGGGUAGGCAAGGCAAACAAAUCAUCUUUUUGGAGAACAGCUAAAGAGCAUAAAUCCAAUAAAACUGUGACAGCUACUUUAUCUAGUAAUGCAAGUAUUACAAGCUUAUUGUCCAGAAGAACUUCUACAUUAACGGUGAACGCUGAAAAAGUUACUAAAUCUGAAGAAGAUGAGAUAUAUUUUGAAAAAUUAAGGAAUAUUGGUAUGACUCAUGAAGACGAAGAAAAAUUAGCAUAUAUGAGAGAUUAUAUUUAUAAAUUUUCUAUACUAAAAUCAAAUGCCAGACCAAGGUUAGAUGAAAAUAUACAUUUGGAGGAUGGAUCAAUUGCAUCAAAAGAUUUGGGAAUAAACCCGCAGAAUAACAUUAUUGGUACGCCAAAUAUUUAUCCUAAUUCAAGUGGAAAAAGCAGCAAAGUAUCCUUACUACUGGAAUCAACGAGUACUCCUAGAACAUCCACCACAAAUUUAUUACCAUCUGAUCUUACUAAUUCUGAAUUAUCAACAACAACAACGACAAAUAAACGAAAAAAUCUUGAACAAUUUGUUUCUAAUACAUACGAGGGCAAUGAUCGUAAUGUUAAAAAUUUAUUAGAUUCAUUGUAUAUUAAAUAUUUUUCUGAACCUAUGCCAGAAUUUGGUCCUAGUGUCACAAAAGCAAUAGUUGGAAAAGGCUCUAAAGGUACAGGUCAAAUUAAAACCAUAGCAAGUACAUUGGUUGCUCAUAUCACUGAACAUAAAGCUUCUAUCAAUCAAAUACGGGUUUCACCUGAUCAUAAUUUUGUUGCGACUUGUUCAGAUGACGGAACUGUAAGAAUAUGGGAUUGUGGUAGAUUUAUAACCUUUAACUGUCGUUCAAGAAUCACGCAUAUACAAAAAGGGAAAGUCAAAUGUAUGACUUUUAUUGAUCGUACACACAGUAUUGCAUCAGCAUCAGAUAAUGGUAGUAUUCAUAUAUUUCGUGUAGAAUGUUUUACUGGCAGCACUCCCUUGAAAUAUGGUAAAGCACAAAUAAUAAGAAAAACCCAGUUGAACGGAGAAGUAGGAGAAUAUGCUGUAGCAAUGGAACAUUAUGAGUCCGGUACCGAUUCUAUACUGUUAUAUGCGACUUCUAAAGGUAAUAUUUGUGGUUUAGAUUUGAGAACAAUGGAAGUUGUUUGGACUUUUACAAAUCCUAGAAGUUAUGGAGUGAUCACGGCAAUGGUUUUAGAUAAAAAAUUCAGAUGGCUUCUUACUGGUACUUCACGCGGUAUUCUAACACUUUGGGAUCUUAGAUUUAGAAUCCAACUGCGUUCAUGGACACAUCCUAGUAAAAGUAGAAUAAGCAGAUUAUUAAUACAUCCACAAGCAAUGACUGGUAGAGCGUGGGUAGUUGUCUCAGCAGGUAAAAAUGAAAUAUCAAUUUGGGAUAUAGAGAAAAUCGCAUGUAAGGAAGCAUUUGGUGUAAUCACAGAUGAAAAAAUGGGCGGAGUGACUUUAGAUAUGUUUAAGGCUCUUGAUCCACCUGAGUCAAGCGAUAUAUUGAGAAAUGCGUUUACAGCCAAUGAAAAAAGUAUUUCUGUAGAUCAUUCCGUUAGAGCAGUUCUUUAUCCACAAGAAUGCAAUUUCAUUAUAACUGCAGGAUCGGAUCGUAAAAUAAGAUUUUGGGAUAAUGCUAAUAUUAAGGAUUCAUAUAUUAUUGCCGGUUCUGAUAUUUCCGAAAGUAAACCAGUUGCAAAACAAUUUGACGGAAUUAAAUUUUAUUAUGAAACACAAAAUUUAUUUCGUAAUUCUAAUUCAACAAGUUCACAUUCAUCAUCAUCACAUUCUCAUAGUAGCAGUUUCUCAAGUGGUCGCAGUAAUAAUAGUAAUCAUAACAAAAAUUCUAAUGCACAUAAAUAUAAUUAUAAUCCAAGCCAAUUAUCGGCAAUUCAACAACAACAAAUACUUAAAAAUCAUUUAGACUGUAUAACAGAUUUAGCAAUUACAGAAUUUCCACAUCCAAUGUUAAUAAGUGGUGAUAGAGAUGGGAUUUUAAAAGUAUUUUUGUAA